AUGCCCUUCAUUUCUGUCACCAGUGCCUUACGACAACAGAUCUGUCACCUAUCACCCAGCAUGAGGGAUAACUCCACUUCUUAUGCCAAAGAGUGCUCUUCUGUUCAGACAAUGCACAGAGAAAGACAGCGAUACAGUGCUGAGUGGCAGAAAAUGAUGCCUACUUCAAUCACCACCGACGACCAUCGCCAUCACAAUGCUUCACUGUUUGCCGAUGAUGACCACCAAUGUUAUGAAUCGCUCCAGGACCUCUCAGAGAAAGUGUUGUUGUCGUCUUUUUUCUCGAGACAGGAACGCGGUGCUUCAAAUCACAAACCUCCAAACAUCAACUGCUGUUCCUCAUCAUCCAUUUCCUCCAAAACCCCCUUAGCACACUCAAGCCAUUACUGCCCCGUACAGGCUAUCGAUGAUCUGAUAUCAUCCUUGUCGAGAGACCUAAGCAGAGCGCGAAGCUGCACACUCGUGCCAUCUUUGGCUUCCACUGGCACUUCAUCAUCGUCAUCGAGUGUUAUUCGUCCCAAGCAGCCUAGACGUGCGAGAAACAAGACCAUCUCCGGUCGUUUAACAUCCCCUUCAUCGGAGUGGUUAAACUUGACGAGCUCACGACAAAGCAUCGCGCCAUUUUCUCAAGUUGCUACAAAUCCACGAUCCUUCGCAGUGUUGAGGAGGCAAGCUAGCCGGAAAGGCACUGAUACUCGGGCUUCCAGCUCCACCAUGGCAGAUCCAUCUGCAGCGGUUAGGGCACAUCCUGCCAAUGGCUCAAGCCCAAAACCCACAGCAACAGCUUUGGCUGGGAGCGCUGCAGACGGAAUUCCAGAGGUCACGGUUAAUGCCUUUGGGACAACUUACAGCUUGCAUCGCUCUAUUCUGGAAAGGAGUCCUUACUUUUCUGCGAUGCUUUCCGGCCAAUGGAGCGAGAAUAGCGAACGUGGCAUUUCAAUCUUCCCCGAUGAGAUGGACCCAAACAUCACAAAAGUAGGCUUUGAAGUUGCUUUAGAGUAUAUGUACGGUCGAAACGUCAUGGACUUGAUUGAAUUGGAUCCUGUAGGGAUAUUCGCAUCUUGUCAAUGGUUAGAACUCCCUGAGCUAUUGAAGUGGGCAGCUCAAAAUAUCAUGCACCACUUGAAUGUCUCGAACAUCCAUCUUAUCAUACAUACCUUCUCUGAAAGCUAUUAUGGGAAGGAAGGGAUGGUGAUUCUCGAUGCGGCUAAGGCUUUAUUGCGUCUACGUGGUUGCGAAAUGCCACUCGCUGUUUGGGAUCACAUUCCUGCGGAAUUGGUGAGAGAAAUAAUUGGUGGAGAUACGUUUUACAUGCCCUCCGAGUUGAAUAGGUGGGAGUAUGCAGUAUCUCUUCUCGACCGAAUUCUUGAGAUGAAGGCCUCGAAAAUGCGUGUCCCCUUUUUAGACGAUAAGGCCUCAGCUCCCGCCCAUGUCAAACGCCAAUUAGAAGGCCUUCUUCCCGAUGACCCUCCGGAAACAGACAACAACACGGACCUGGAUACCAGCGUGGAAGGGGAUUUGGAGACGGCUCGCCAAUUCCCGGAAGAUAUACACAAUCAAUGGCUCGAUCUCUACACCCACCCUGACAUCCUUCCCAUCCGACAAAUGAUCAUGGAGGAUAUAGGAUAUAUGCAUAUUCCCCUUCAGCAUUUCCGUAGAAUUCAGGCUCAUCGUGACAUCUUUGGAGUACGCCCUGUCCAGCAGGCUGUGAUCCAUUCUGCCUUUGUACAAGCGUUAAAGCUUGCCCACCUGGUCGAUUCUGCAGAUGAAUUUAGCCCGAAAUUGAAUAUCAGAAAGGAUAUGCUGAUGAGCGACUUUCCUGCAUCCCAGCGCAUACAAAUACAUCGUUUCCAUAAAGAUUCUGAUCUUUACCCAUGCGCCAUGUCCGGCGGCGACGCGAUCCCCCACGAAUAUCCUAUUACGAAGGAGGAUAAAAUGUCCGCAAACCUUGUAGUAUCACGUAAAGCAAGGGGCCUUAUUCAUGAAGACUGCAACUACCAUGUGCCACAGCACGGAUUCAUCGCAGCUCAAUUUGUUACGGGCUGGGAACGCAGCGAUUUCAUAAAACCACUUCCUAUGAAUCUCCCAGAUCCACACCCCGAAUACAGCCCUUUCCCUCCAUUCAGAUUCUCAACAAGCUUCCCCCACCCGGCCACCCUGGACAGUAAACAACGAUGUUUCUCGCCUCCCUUCUGGUACGCGGGCUCCACAUGGGUCCUCUAUCUCUACUACAACACUAUCCCCAAGGCAAGCAGGGUAGGUCUCUAUCUGCGGCGAAUCUACGCAAGCAGGGUAGGUCUCUAUCUGCGGCGAAUCUACGACACCCGUCGCGCAGAGCCUUCUUUGGACAGCUGGUGCUCCCGUCUUAAUCCACCACGCAUGGCCCACCACGACCCACUUAGCUGUUAUCGUGUUCUCCCGGAUCUCCACCCAAGCGACCUGUCCAGUUGUUAUAACGAAGCAUACCCAAGACUCGAUCUUCUCGGGGACAGGUUCGGGACUCGAAACGGUAUGGGGCAGUUGUACCCCCGCAUCGGCCGCCCGAAUGAUAUCCUCGCCAAGCUCCCCUACGUCGACAUUCGCUCCGCCGUCACCGUGCACUUCAAGCUGUAUUCCAACUUCGCGUGUGCGGGACAGCCUGCGUGCUUCCAGAGCAAGCCGGAGCAGUUUCAAAUUGAUAGGUGUUGGGGGUGGGAUGUGCGCGUGCCCGAUGGGCAGGAGCCACUGUUGGAUCUGUGUGGGAAUCCGCUAAAUGAGAGGGAGUUGAAGAUUUGUCUAGUUAUUGGUGAUUAG